GCAACAGGUAGUGCAGCGGGACGACAGCAAAAAUCCGCGGCCGACCAACAUCUACGCGCGACUCUUUUACAAGAAGAAACGCAGCAUUCAGGAAAGGAGAAAACGCAAAGAACUGGAGCGCGAACUGAAACAAGAACGUAAAAAAUUAGAAACGCAAAGGAAGAGUCUAUUGGCACAGCAGGCAAGCCGUGAGGGUCGCGGUGGGCGACGUCCCUCAGACGACGCUCUAAAUGAAGAAAUAGCAAAACUAAACAUGAUGCUUGAAGGUACUUUUGCUCAACUUGAUCCAGAAGGAAUUAUUCAGCUCUCUACACUCUUUUCAUAAAGUGGCUUUGCUAGCUUCUGCUUGUUAGAUUCAUUUCUAUUUUUAUUUUCACGUUUUCUUGUAUAAUUUAGAUCUUGCGUUGUACUGGUUCUUUCGGGGUUAAUCCGCAGCUUGGCCAGUCGGUGUUAUUUUACGUAUACUUAAUUUCACCAGGGAAGGCGCAAGAGUAUUAUCCGAUCGAUGAGGACUCCGAUGCUAGCGAUGACGAUUUGCGGGCUAGUGGUCGAAGCCUGAGUGGACCACAAGUUCUGUACCCGAAAAAUUUCGCUCGCGCGGUGAUCAAAGUCGCUCGCCAGUUCUACGCUAGCCGUGCGGAGCUGCAGACUAUGUUUUUCGACUUCGAUGAGGAAGAAAAUAGCAGUGACGAGGAAAUGCGCGAGCAGCGUGGCAGCCAUGUUAGUGCAGGCGGGGCUAGCCAUCACAGUGGCGGUCCUCUAGGUGGCGGCCACAGCAGCCAUGGCAGCAGCUCCUACGCACGACUCGGCUCCAAAUCCUCGUUGCAAACUGUAGGAAGCGGCACGUCGCCCACACUUAAGGCUGUACUUAAUUCAUCUCUCACUGCAUCCUUGAAGCGUAUGGCAGAGUAUUCCAGCCCAGGACGAUCUCUGUCAUACUUUUCAAGGAUGCACUUGAAAGAUGAACAGUUACGGACAGUUCUAACACACGGCCUGCGACUGGAGCGUCAGCAACGUCAACGACCGCUGCGAUGUAUGAAAAGAAAAAGUCUACUCAUCCUCAAAAAACUACCUACAUUCUAAGUAGGGAAAUCAAAUGCCUCUUUUCUUGAGUAUGAGUGCGUUUUUUCCUUUCAUGCGAUGCUAUCAACGGGAAGUGGGCCAAGGCUGCUUGAUGUCGAAUGGAAGUUGCCUAGCAAUCCUCUGAUCACUAAGAUAUUCUUCCGAGAUGAGGUCACGACCGACGACUCGUUGCGGCAUCUACUUCAGGGAUCGCUCGACAUGACGUCCAGCACUAUAUUAUGGGAAGAAAACUCAGUUGAACUUUUUCAUAAGGUCUUUUUUCAUCACGACACCUAUGUAUAUUUUCUCACAGGAGUCAGGCACUGCAACCCUCCAGGAGAGCCACCGGUGACAACCAGAGUUGACUUGUGCUUUUCUGGUACUCACGACCUCGUCUUCCGUUUCUAAUUUCAAUGACCGCUGCUGCGUCUGUAGGAGGAACCACGACAACGACAUCGAGCGGGUUUGCGCGCGUUUCGCCAGGCAGGCAAGAUCACGAACAGCGGAUGCGUCUAGCCUUGGAGCAAAACCGCAAAAAUCUGUGGCGUAAUCGUCGUAUUCGCAACUGCUUCCUCGAGCCUGAAGUAGUGCAUUUGGUUUGCGCCUACCUCGAACUGUUCCAGAUUCUCUUUGAUGCAUACCGUUAAGGCCUAGUUAUCUGGGCUCCUAGAUGAACAUAGAUGCUCUAGAUUCUACUUUGAUGUGGUUCGACCUAAUUAUCACGAUUUGCGAUGCAGGGUGUGUGACCUACACCAGUCUAGUCCUUUCAUCAUUAUCACGAUGGUGAGUAUUUUUGCUGUGUCGUGGCCAAAUUGACAGCGCACCCUCUGUUUCUUUUGUUACUUUAUGAUCGAUUGCCGGAGCACCCACCUUCGCCGUCACACCAAUCAUCAUUGGUGAGGCUACUUCGACUACUCCACUAUCAAUCUGAGUACACUUUUAAUAUGUUGUAGUUCAAAGUAGACAUCUCUGGACUACUUUCCUCAUAUACAUGUAGUUCAACUCCUGCUGCUCUAAUACUUGGAGAAUGCAGACGACGGUAUUCCUCUUGACAAUUUUUUGCUGAUGUGCGAGGAUUUUGAGUUGGUGCCCAAUUUCGGUUCCUUGCAUGCUUUCACCUGCGCUUACAAGAAUUCGGAGUGUGCGGAAGAGCCGGAAAGCCCACGAAACGAGGUCACCAAGCAAUUAAAAGCUACACCACCCUUCGCGCCCGAGCAAAUACCAUGGAAACUGCAACCAUUUAUAGAGUGGUGCGGGGACCAGGUGGGUCUUCUCAAUAUUUUGUGCUCCAGCUGGAUUAUAAGAAGAUCUGUUACUGAGUACUUAAUUAAGACUGAGUUGCUGCCGCUAAAGUCUCGUUUUGACGUGGUCUCCUUUCUUCGUGUGCAUGACGGGUAGGUUCGAAAAGCGAACGUGUUUGUUGCGGAACUGCUAGCUUCGUCCAACAUAUCUUGUUAUCAUGUGUGUAAGUAGUCUUCAUUCUGCUCUACGUCUCUCUCGCUCUCAACAUCAGAAACUUCAAAAGCUGACGGGAGAGGCGUUUUGGCACUUUUUGUUCGGAAGCCGCGUGACACUAGUGGAUUUCACAAAGUUUGAAUCUUCUGUAACAAACCCCAGCAGUACGCAGGGAGAGUUGGGGAGUCGCAAGGUGCUUGCGUCUUGGAAAGCCUUGAUUUCCUACCGAGUGAACAAGGAGUUAGGGGCACCCGGCAGCGUGUACGAGCGUGGGAUGGUUCUGCCAUCGCGCGCAGCCGGACGUGGUCUUGCGCCCCUGGACCAAGACGGGCUAGACGGCGAUGGGGCCGCUACGACAGGAUCCUCUGUGGCAGCAACCAUGAGUGUGAAUGGC